GAUUCAGUAAUUCAGUUAUUACAAUAAAGUUACUUUGCUUUACCGAACACUUACAUAGAAUUCAUUGAAAUACAAAAUGUUCGUUUGGUUUUACUGUAUUGAUGACCACAGAGCACUGACAGCUGACAGUUUUAUGAAGAAGCGGUGCGAGGUGCAAACUGAAGCAAUUUUGAGAAUUUUUUGGGAAAUGUCCAGCCCUACGCGCGGAAUAGUUGACUAAUAUUCUUUAAAAUACUAUAAUUUUUUUAUUUCUUUAAAUAUAGAUAUUUCCUUUGAAUGUUGUUUUUUUUAGUGCUUGAUGGUAUUAUACAGGUAAAAAUAUAAGGUUAAAGUGAUUGAUUUCUAGUGUUUUAAUUUAUAAUGAAAUCUCCUAAAGAAGACGAAAUAUCGGAUGAGGAUAUUCCGAGCGACUUUUUUGAUGAUUUUAAUAAAGAAGAAUUUAUGGAAGGUCUCAGUGUAAUAGACAGUUGGGAUGUGAAAGAAAAGCCACAAUCCAGACGUUCGAGAUCUCGAAUUAACGCUGCCGCAAUUGAUGGCGUUAGCGACCUCCGAGAACUGAUCGGCGAUAGCAGAGAAGACAUGGCCGCUAAUGAUGACGCUGUUAUGCUUGAUCAAAACACGACAGCCGAACGGCGCGAGUCGACCAACCAAAGGUAUUCUAGUAAUAGCGGCCAUAAUGCUCAUUCUAGCCAACUAGACGACUGUAUAAAGCCUGGAAGUCGUCGAGAUCUCCGUAAAACUAACGAAGCUAUUAAGAAAGAUAAAGCAAUGAAAGUCAAAGAAUAUUUAAGUAAACAUCUAGACUCGAUCGAGGACCCGAAGCCCCCUGGAACUGAACUUGAUGACUUUCUAAAUGAACCUCCCACACCUUCAAAACGAAAAGCCCGAUCACGAAGUCGUGAAAAACACUCCCGACAUUCAAGCUCUAGAGAUGCCAAGUUUUUGAAAUCUCCCAAAAGAGAUUAUCAAUUUAAAGAUAAACGAAUUUAUUAUAAUAAUAGACAUUAUGAAAAUCAGCAUGGACACACGUAUUUUAAACCCUAUAACAAAUUCCAUCAUCAAAACCUAAAUUGGAGAAAAAACUAUCAUUACAAUUACAACUAUUCAAGACCAAGUGGUAGAGAUGGACAUAGUCCAGGAUUUCGCAAAAAUUCUAGAUAUAGUCCGCUUCCAAUGGGACCCCGUGGAAGAAGUCCUCGACGACGCAGCCCACGAGGACCCAGCCCACAAGGACCCAGCCCCCGUGGACGCAGCCCCCAAAGACGUAGCUCACGAGGUCGCAGCUCAAAAGGACGCAGCCCACAUCGGUACAGCCCACGAAGAAAGAGCCCACGUUGGCGCAGCAAAAGUCGUUCACCGAGGUCUCCAAAAUAUAAAUAUAGUGAUAAAAGAGCAUCAAUGGAGCGGAAAGAUCCAUUUUUGUAUCCAGUUGAAAUGCCACAAUUACCAGUUCCAUUUUCAAAUAGUGAGGUGGAAACUAGGCAUGAAGAGUUUUAUGGGGAUCAUCAUUUAACUGAAUAUCCUUCAGGAGUACCAGGGUAUCCUUAUAUGCAAGGACCUUUUACUAGUGCCAGUUUUGAUUAUGGAACAGCAGCAGAUACUAUGAACCUUGGAUUGUCACAGCCUACGCCGGCACUGAUGAUGACUGCAACUCCAUCAAUGGUUCCUCCUCCCAUUGAAAGCAGCAUAGCUAUUGCACAAGCACCUCCUGUUAGUGUGCCAACUUCAAAUGAAAAACCGUAUGAUGCAUUGGCUAAAUUGGUUGUUGAAGGCAAGCUUUCUAAAGAGGACUAUCUGAAGUUGGCCCCAAAUAAAGGUACAUUUAUGGAGAAGACUACAGCUACACAAAUCAGAGUAAAAGUGUUAGACCGCUGCCUCCAAGCUUUGACUAAACUUAGUAAGUUAGAAAUGCCAAAUCGUUUAUUCCUAAACAAUGCCCUUAUUGAACAAGAACCUAAGAGCUUAACUCCCAAAUAUUGCUCUCCAUUGAAGAGGCAAGCACCUGUGGAUUUUUACUUCACAAAAACUGAUUGUGAAUCGGAGACAGUGCGGAAAAAUAGACAAACUAUUGAUACAAUAAUUUCAACAAUAGGGUUAAGUGAAAUUGUUUUGCGCUCAAAAAAGAAUAACAACAAGAAUAUGGCUGAUGCGGCAGUUCAAACGACGAAUCCGUUUUGCGAAGUGUGUUAUAUACGUGAAAAUACGAAGACCAAUAAUGCUGAGACUUCAAUUGAUUUUGAAAGUUUUACAUCUUCGGUGCAUACUCAAGUUGUGGAUGAAGAUUUGCUUAAUUCCAAAUCAGUGUUUAAUCCAAGUGGUGGUGCCGGCAACCAUGAACAUAUUUCAAUAGCGCAUCUUACUCCCGCUCAACUGGUGUCUCAACUCGCGGCCCGUGCGAAGACUUUGAAGCAAUCCCAGCCGCAACGUUCUCAGUUCAACAGGCGAGCUCCGGGAAACAGCUACGACUAUGGAGGUGGCAGUAAAGAUGACAACUUUUACAAGUUUUCUAAUCAAUAAAGUUUAAUUCUAUUAUUGUAAACGUGAAUUUACACUGCCUAAACACAUGUACUAAAACAUUGUUCGUCAUCCUCAUAUUCUUUGAAAAAAAAAAAGAGAUGACUAUGUUUUUGUGCACGUGUUUCAGCAAUGGAAACUCAUAGUCAAGAUGUUAUAAAUAAUGUAAUAGCUAAUCUGUAUUAACUGCGCACUAAAACUUUUGUUUUUAUAAUUUUUAGUCUUCGGUAGCGGGAAUCGGUAAUUCCAAUAUUCCUCUUGGAAACCUUAUGGGGGUUCAAAUAUGGAUCUGGUACUUAGGUUUUUUUCAUGGAGGAUAUAAUUUAACUUUGUCCUUGUAUAAUUUAUUUGUUUAUACAAUAGAUAGAUUUUUCAACAAAACUUUUUAAUAUUUAUGUAUAAUAAAAACUGUGCUGAGCUGAUUUGAGUGUAAGGAAAAGAAGAACCAAAAAAGUCCCAUAAUUCAAGUUGCAAAUUAUUAUAAUACAACGCGGAUGAAGUCGCGGGCAACAGCCAGUGUGUUAUAAAAGAAGAAAAUGAAAUACAAAUACCGGUUUUGAUUUUUACAUGAAUAAUGAAUGCAAGAAGAGUCAGUACGAGUUGCUACUGCGAUGUCGUCAUCUGAAGAGCCACAACGAGUGAUCAAGAUGGACUUGCUUCAAUUCUAUCACAGAAAGCCGUUACUAUUUCAAGGAUUUGAUAACAAUUAAUAAAGGUUUUAAAGCAUUUAUUAGUAUUAAAUUAAACUGACAGUACUAAAAUGCUUUGAAAAGCUACAAUAUUGCUGUAAUGCAGAUUGCAACGCAUAGAAGUAUUCCAAUUCUUUUACCUUUGUACUAUGAAAAUAUUAUUUGUCCGUUAGCAUGUUGAUAUGGCAUUACUAUACUGCGAUUGUAAAAUAUUAAAAUCUAAAAAAAAAUAUGUAUAUUGAUGUUUACGUUUCCCUUGAAUCUAUCCUAGAAUGUAAAAACAUUGUAAUUAUAACUUUUUUUUUAAAUUGUAAAUUAGAAAUCCCUUUACGUGUAAUUUGUGUUGUACUGUUGAUACUAUGUCAAAUAUAGAUUUAAAUAAAACCAGUGAACUUCUUAUUUAACAAGUGACAAAACUAUACUGCAUAAUGUGCGGGUAGGCACAUAUUAUAGACCAUAGUUUGCAUUUGUUUACAUAUUCCUUUUGCACAUAUUUUCUUUUGAAUAUCCUUUGUUCUUAUCAUAUACCCUUAACGAAGUUAUCUUAGCAUGUUUCCCGUGGUCGUUCAUGUUGCUUUUAUACCAUGACUUUAAAUUUCGAUGUUGAAAAGUCCAAGUAACAAGAGCAUGCUGGCGCACAAGUAUAAAUAUAGAAGUGGCGAGAGGUGUGUUAGGGCUUGUUUUUGUUUGACUGUUUCGGCAAUAGAAACCUGUUGUAUGGUCGAGAUCAUUCAUAUUUGAAGGUGAGGAAGACAAUCGCUUUACUUAUAUUGGCAAGGACAUUACAAAGUAAGGCGCUCAUGUUGAUUCAAUUUAAACAAAUGACACUGGACGCAUGAUUUCUUUUUUUUUUUUGUUAAAUAGAUAAACAAAUGGAAUCUCAUACAUAUGUAAUUUUUUUAAUAAGUGCUUUCUACUUCUUGAGAAGAUCAUUGAUUUUUACGGGAAAGGACCAAUCCAUUACAUAGAACUUGAACAGCAAAAGUCAAACUGCGCAACGAUGUGUUUCUGCGAUUGUAAAAUAGUUGCUGAAGGAGCCUUCAAUAACGACGUUGGCUUGUUCGUAUCCAGCUUAGAAGACGACGAAGGAAUUAACAUCAAGAGAGGGCGUAAACUGAAAAAAUGCAGUUUCGUCGAGGGUGCAGCGAAGACAGAAAAC